AGGUUUAGAUGUAGCUACUCGGUUGCCUAGAUCGAGAGAUGUGUCUCCGCCAGAUGUCACACAGUACAAUAGAUUGCCUUCGUUCGACGAUGGAAAGUCCUCACCGUCACCGAGCAAACGAACAUCCAUGGCUAACCCCGUUGAUUCGCAGUACUCGUCUGACAUGGGAAAACAUAAUUCGUCCUCAUCUCUGGCAUUAAACGGGGCAAAACGAGCAUUACGGCCCUCAGUGUCGGGAGGAGCCCCAAAAACCAAAAUAGUUCAAGAGCUGGAAGCUUUGCAAAAGGACGUGACGCUACUCAAGAAGCAAGUGGAACUAAGGCACCGGGAUAGCUACUUGACCAUUGCACUUAAACUGGCUGUCAUUGGCCUGGUGGCUGAGCGUGCAUACAACUACUACUUAAAGGUGAGAUGACUUGUGCCACAGCGCAAAGCGAUGAAGCAUGCCUCGGCUUUGGUGAAAAUGUUGUGAGUGCUCGGGUGAUCAUCGAUCUAACAACCGACUCGACUGCAGACGACAAAGAAAGUAGAAUCCGAAUUCCAGCCACGUACCAUUGCUGUCUGUUAUGAUUCUGUAGAAACUUAUAAUGCACAUCGUGCAGGCUGGUGUGAUAUUACGACUGAACGGAAAUAUUGAGAAUGAAUGUACUGGAAUCAAAUCCAAGUCUCGUAAAGUAAAGAAUCGGAGUAAAUUUGUAUGCAAAGGUGCAGUGUGAAGCACAAGUAUGCUGUUAUAGGCUGUACUUGCCCUCGUAUACAAGAUACUUAUAGCUGAGAGCCUUUCCUUAUUUUCUCCUUUGAGGUACUUCUAUUGUACUUACAAUGCGUAGUAGACCAGAUUAAGGCGCUUAUAAACUGUUCGC